UGUUGUAAACUGGACUUAUUGAGCUGUCAAAAUAAACAAUACAUUAACUAUUGUCUUCUUUGUCUCAUCUCAAUUUUGGGACGAUUUAUUGCAAUUGUUUUUAAAAACUCAAUAAUAAUUAAAAAUUAAUACAAGAACAAAUUGCCUCAUAUUAUGUUACUGUAAAAAGGUUAGGUAUAAGGUCAUCACGGUAUUUUGUACUGUAAAAAAUAUAAUAGACUUUAAUAGAACUUAGUAAACGAACGUAGCAAUAAAUAUGUAAUAAAUAAAAAGUGGUACUAAUACUGUAUCAUGUAAGAAUAUCACGGCAAAUCGUCAUAAAAAUAUCCCUAAGGUUAUGUUAUGAAUAUAUUUCGAUAUAUUUUACUUCCAAAACAUGAGUUAUCACUAUGAUGAUAAACGAAAAAGAGACACCUAUCAUAAAUCUGAUAGAGAUUACGAGAACAUUUCUUUUAGCAAAUACAAGUACGAGUUAAAUAAAACAUUUUCGGGACAUUCAAAUGUAGUACAAGACACUGAAGAUUUCUGGAAAUUUGUCAGUAAAUAUGAAGCUUUGCAAAAGAAAUUAAAUACUCCUGAUGCCUCGCCUAAUUUUUCUUUGAACACCAUUGGUGUACCACAAGAGUAUCACAAAUCACAUUGCAUAAAUUUUAAACUGAGUCUCAGUUUUAAUGAAUUAUUUGCACGUGUUCCAUCUGUUGAAAUCUUAACAAAACAGAACUUAUUAAAAUUUCAAAGCAUAAUUGUUUUGUACUUGGAUUUUAAACAAAAAGAAAAAUUUACAAAAUUGAAAAAGCUCAGAGAAUCCCAAGCAAAUUUACCAGUUAAUCAAUACAAACAUGAGAUAAUUGAAGCAAUAAAAAAAGAAAGAGUAGUUAUUAUAGCUGGUGAUACUGGUUGUGGAAAAUCCACUCAAGUGCCUCAAUAUCUAUAUGGAGCAGGUUUUCAAAAAAUUGCAUGUACACAACCCAGAAGAAUAGCAUGUAUAUCUUUAGCUAAACGUGUUGCUUUUGAAACACUGACAGAGAACCGUACAGAUGUUGGUUACCAAAUUCGCUUUGAGAAACAAAGAAAUCAAGACACUAAAAUUACCUUCAUAACAGAAGGUCUGCUGUUAAGGCAGUUAUCUGGAGAAUCUGAAUUGUUGCCUUAUGAUGUGGUUGUUUUGGAUGAAGUUCAUGAACGUCAUUUACAUGGAGAUUUCCUUCUUGGCAUCAUGAAGUGUGUUAUUAAUCAAAGACAUGAUUUAAAAUUAGUACUUAUGUCUGCCACUAUUAACAUUGAACUGUUUAGCAAUUAUUUUGCCAAAGAAGAUGUUAGAGUAAUACAGGUUCCUGGAAGAUUGUAUCCAAUUCAGUUAUUAUACAGACCAGUCACAAUAGAAGAUAUUAGAUAUAAAAAUGACAGAUUCAAUCCAAGCCCUUAUAUACAAAUAAUGCAAUUAAUUGAUAAAAAAUAUCCAGUGGAUGAAAAAGGCGAUUUAUUAAUAUUUUUAAGCGGAAUGAGUGAAAUUACCGCAGUCGUAGAUGCAGCUAAGGAAUACAGCCAAAAAAAAAAUAAUUGGAUUGUUCUACCACUUCAUAGCACUUUAUCCAUUAGCGAACAAGAUAAAGUAUUUGAUUAUGCUCCCGAUGGAGUAAGAAAAUGCAUUGUAUCUACUAAUAUUGCCGAAACUUCUAUUACGAUUGAUGGAAUCAGAUUUGUUGCUGAUAGCGGCAAAGUAAAAGAAAUGAGUUACGAUCCGUCGUGUAAAAUGCAACGACUUAAGGAAUUUUGGAUUAGUAAAGCCAGUGCCGAGCAACGGAAAGGAAGAGCUGGUCGAACCGGGCCUGGUGUAUGCUAUAGGUUGUACUCAGAAGAAGAAUACAAGGCUUUAGAAAAGUACUCAACGCCGGAAUUACAACGUGUACCUUUAGAUUCUUUACUAUUACAAAUGAUAGCAAUGGGACUUCCAGAUACACGGAAAUUUCCAUUUAUAGAACCACCACCCGCAGAAAGCAUAGAAAAUUCUAUAUUAUCUUUAAAAGAUCACGGUGCACUCACUGACAAUGAAAAAAUAACAAGCAUUGGAAAAACACUUUCACGUCUUCCGGUUGAUAUAACAAUUGGGAAAAUGUUAAUAAUGGGUUCAAUUUUUCAUCAGGUAGAACCAGUAUUAUCGCUAGCUGCUGCUUUAAGUAUACAAACGCCAUUUACGAAUAGAGCAUACAGAGAUUCAGAGUGUGAGACAUCGCGAAAAAAGUUGGAAUCUGAUCAUGGCGAUCCAAUAACGCUACUGAACGCGUUUAAAGAAUGGUUAGAAGUAAAACAACAAAGUUCACAAGAAUCUAGGGGUAGCGGAAGUAGCAGUAGAAAAUGGUGUAAAAGAAGAGGUUUAGAAGAACAAAGAUUUUACGAAAUGACAAAAUUGAGGACUCAAUUUAAAGAGUUGCUUCAGGAUUGCAGUUUAUUAAAAAGUCUUCCAGGGCCAGAUUCAUCCAUGACUAGUGCAGAACGCGCUAUAAGACAUGGGGAAUUAAAGCUUCUGAAAUCCUUAAAAAGAACCUAUAAACAAAGCGCACCUAGAAAACGAAAACAAUUAAAGGUAGAAUCGUUCGAUAUACAGAUAGAUGAUGACGAUCGCGACGAUGGUGAAAUCGACAUAAAAGAUGUUGAAUUUCGAAUGAGAAAUGAUCCAAACCAAGUUCAAAGUCUUUUGACAGCAGCCACUGCAUGUAGUUACAAAGACUUGACGAUGUUGAAAAUAAUAUUAUGUAGCGGUUUAUACCCGCAAUUUGCAUGUGCUGAUGAAUUCAAUUAUUGCAAGUCAACAAGUGAGCAAUUAUUUCAUACAAAAGCAAAACCAUAUAUUGCCUUACAUCCAAUGAGUUUUUUCGGGAAUCAUCCACAAGUAUUACAAUUGGAGGAACCUGAUAUUGUAUCAAUACCAGGAUUUAAAAGCAAAGGUCCCGUUAGUUCAAAACAUACCAUAUUAACAUAUUUAUCUCUUCUGGAAACGACAAAACCUUACUUAGUAAAUACACUUAGAAUGCCCGCUUCGCAAACAUUACUUUUAUUUGCACGUGAAAUUGACACAAAUAGUACAUUUUCGAUAAUAGUAUGCGAUUCGUGGUUAGCGUUAGAAUUUCCUAUACCCGACAGUGGUCAAACUUUAUUGAUGAAAGCUAACAAAUUACGAAAUAAGUGGGAGUUUUUAUUAAAUCAACAAUUACAAGAUUCCAAUAGUGGCAACAAUGAGAAACAAGAUUUUAGCGAAAUCGAAUACACGCUUACUAAAGAAUUAAUUGAAUACAUGCACACCACAAUUCCAUAUACAAUAAAGCGACUUUUACCCGCUGAUCUUAAGAACAUGUACUUGGGAUGUAAAGAAAAUGAUACAUCCAUAGAUCCAAAUCCUUUUCAACCUGAUUUUACGGUGAUCCCUAACCCAACUAAAGGAGGAGUCCGUGUAACAAACAUAAUUACAUAUAAUUGCUUGAGAGAAACGGAAUGGAGCGAUAAACUUUUUAUCGAAAUGUCGGAAACGGAAUGGAAUUGUCAAAACUGUAACAUGCAAGCAAUUCUUACUAGCAUAGAAAAGUUACAGCAUCAAGAAUCGUGUAAACAACAACAUACAAAGGAGAUUGAAAAACAUCCCGAAAGCGUGAAGCGGAAACCUAACGCCCAAGCAUACGAAUGUCCCGAUUGUGCGCAAACAUUAUACCUGACACCAAUUGAAAUACUUAAACAUAAGAAAACACAUGUAAAAUAAUCUCUUUCGUACCAAGCAUAGUCUUAAUUAAAAAUUUGUAUAUAAAAAAUGUAUUUUAUAUUUUAAUGAGUUAAUUAUAUAAACAUUUUAUUA